AUGAAAAUAUAUUUUGAAGCAGAAAAAUUUUUGAAACAUCCAGAGGGUAAUCUUCAGUCUAAAAUAUUUAAUGAUAAAAGUUUAAAAAGUAAUCCGAAACACAUUUAUGCUUUGGUAUAUCUGACAUUACAAUAUAAAGAAUACAUCAAUCAAAUUAUAACCAAAUCAAAAAUAAAUCGACAAAUUAAAAUAAGUGAUGAACUUCUAGCUUUACUAGUACAUGAUUUACUUUUUAGCUCAAGAGGGAGGAUCGAAAGUGGGAAGCAUCAUAUAAAAGACUCAUUUUUGAAAAACAAAACGAGGUUACAAGCUGAACUCAUUAAACUAAAACUAAAAUACAAAGUCAAAUCAGUGGACCAACUUCCAACAAUACAACAAGAAGAUGAAACUCCUGUGAGAUGGUUUAGAAUAAAUACAAUAAAGAUAGAUCCUGAAAGAUUUUUCAAAAAGCAUAAAUUAAAUUUACAACCAGUAAAUAGAUUUCAGGAUCUCACAAAACCAGGAUUGAUCUAUCAAGAUGAGCAUAUACCGAAUUUAUAUGGAGUUCAUCCAAAAGAAAAAAUAACUACUUCAACAGAAGCUUAUAAAUUGGGUGAGAUCAUUAUACAAGACAGAGGUAGUUGUUUUCCAGCUUUUAUAUUAAAUUACAAAGAACCACAUUCCAAAAUCAUUGAUGCUUGUGCGGCACCAGGUAAUAAAACAUCUCAUGCUGCUACUUUUGUUGAUGAGGUGGUUUAUGCCGUGGAAAGAGAUUCAAAAAGAGCUGCAAUAUUAAAGACUAUGUCAGAAAAGGCAACUGGUAAAAGUAGAAAAAAAUUAAUACAAGUAUUAAAUCAAGAUUUUACAACAAUCAAGCCAGAAGAUUAUGAAGAUGUGACAGGUCUAAUUGUUGACCCAUCAUGUAGCGGUUCUGGUAUAUUUGGAAGAGCAAUGGAUGAAGAGACUAAAAAUUCAGAUAGAUUAGAAAAAUUAGCUUCGUUUCAAUUUUCUAUUAUGAAACAUGCUUUAUCUUUUAAUGGUGCUCGGAAAGUAGUUUAUUCUACAUGUUCUAUACAUGCAGAGGAAAAUGAAAGAGUAGUAAUUGAUUUAUUAUCUGAUGAAGAAGUUAAGAAACAAGGUUGGACUUUAGCUAAUCGAGAUUUAGUAUUACCAAAUUGGGAAAGGAGAGGUUUGGAAGUUGAAUUUGAAAAAAUUUCGAGAGAUCCUAAUGUUAUUAAAGAACUAGCUGGUGGGUGUGUACGAACCCUUCCAAAAGAAGAUGGAGGGAUAGGAUUUUUCGCUGCCUGUUUUGUUAGAGAAUAG